AUGGACGCGGCAGCAGUUGGUGCCGAGGGAGAGGAGAACGCGGGGCAGCACCAGAAGGUGUCCUUCAUGGGGCUGUUCCGGCAUGCCGACGGCAAGGACCAGCUGCUGAUGCUGGUCGGCACGGUGGCCGCGCUGGCCAACGGCAUGACCACGCCCCUCAUGACUGUCUUCUUCGGCGACGUCCUCGACGCUUUUGGCGGCGCCACCGACAACAACGUCCUCCAGCGCGUCAACAAGGCGGUUCUGAACUUUGUCUACUUGGGUAUCGGAGCAGCAGUCAUAUCCUUUCUCCAGGUGUCAUGCUGGACAAUUACUGGUGAAAGGCAGGCAUCACUCAUUCGAUCUCAAUACCUCAAAUCUGUCUUGAGACAGGAUAUUUCAUUCUUUGACACAGAAAUGACAGCUGGGCAAGUAGUUUCAAAAAUGUCUGGUGAUACCGUGCUAGUUCAAGAUGCUAUUGGUGAGAAGGUCGGCAAGUUUCAAAAACUCGUGGCUGCUUUCCUUGGUGGUUUCAUUGUAGGUUUUGCGAAAGGAUGGAUUCUAUCUCUUGUCAUGUUGGCAUGCGUACCUCCAGUUAUAUUUGCUGCAGGAGUAGUGGCAAAAGUAUUGUCAAAAAUCUCUAGCAGAGGUCAAGCAUCAUAUAGUAAUGCGGGGAACAUUGUCGAACAGACAAUUGGAGCCAUAAAAACAGUUGUUUCUUUCAAUGGAGAGAAGAAGGCCAUCAUAUCAUACAAUAAACUAAUACACAAAGCAUACAAGACUGAUGUUGAGGAAGGACUUACCAAUGGCUUUGGCAUGGCAUCUGUUUUGUUCGUAUUCUACUCUAGCUAUGGUUUGGCCAUAUGGUAUGGUGGAAAGUUGGUACUUGCAAAAGGAUACACAGGAGGACAAGUCAUCACUGUCUUAUUGGCUAUCAUGACUGGGGCAAUGUCUUUGGGUAAUGCAGCCCCAUGUAUGACUGCCUUUAUAGAAGGACAAUCAGCAGGACAUAGAUUAUUCACAACAAUCAAGAGGAAACCAGAGAUUGACCCUAACAGCAAUAGUGGUAAGCAACUAGUAGAUAUGAGGGGUGAUAUUGAGCUGAAGGAUGUCUAUUUUAGCUACCCAACAAGGCGUGGGCAACUAAUAUUUGAUGGAUUCUCACUACAUGUGCCUAGUGGCACUACAAUGGCUAUAGUUGGAGAGAGUGGGAGUGGCAAGUCAACUGUGAUUAGUCUUGUAGAGAGAUUCUAUGAUCCGCAAGCUGGUGAGGUUUUGAUUGACGGAGUUAAUAUCAGAGAUUUGCAACUUGAAUUGAUAAGAAGGAAAAUUUCUCUUGUUGGCCAAGAGCCCUUGCUCUUUAUGACAUCGAUUAAAGAUAACAUAACGUAUGGAAAAGAAGAUGCAACAAUUGAGGAUAUCAAGAGAGCUGCUAAGCUCGCCAACACAGCAAAUUUCAUCGAUAAGUUGCCCAAUGGUUAUGACACAAUGGUUGGCCAGCGUGGUGCUCAACUUUCAGGGGGACAAAAGCAAAGGAUUGCAAUUGCUAGGGCAAUCAUCAAAAACCCCAAAAUACUUUUGUUAGAUGAGGCUACUAGUGCAUUAGAUGUGGAGUCGGAGAGGAUAGUUCAGGAGGCAUUGGAUAGGAUCAUGCUGGACAGAACUACGCUUGUGGUUGCACAUCGUCUAACUACUGUGAGAAAUGUUGAUUGCAUAUCAGUUAUUCAACAAGGAAAGAUAGUUGAACAAGGUUCCCAUGAUGAAUUAAUACUAAACUUAGAUGGUGGAUACUCUCAACUUAUCCUUCUCCAAGAAAGGCAUGUAGAGCAGAAAAUAGACCAUCGACUAUCUACCCCAAGAUCAAGUACAAGCCUGUCAUUGAAGCGGUCGAUUAGUGCUUCACUAGGGAAUAAUAGUGAGCUUUCUUUCACACUCCCCUUGGGGCUACCUAGCACGAUUGAUUUGCCUGGAGAAUAUGAUACACAUGGAAAGAAUCAAAAAGAGAAGAAUGAUGGGGGAGAGGCACGAAAGAAAGAUCCUAUGGUACGUCUAGCAAUUCUUAACAAGCCAGAGGUACCUAUUCUUAUAUUAGGAUCCCUAGCUGCAGCAGUUCAUGGAGUUAUUUUUCCAGUGUUUGGUUUAGUGAUUUCAAGUGCAAUUAAAUCUUUAUAUGAGCCACCAGAUAAACUUAGAAGUGAUACAAGUUUUUGGGGUAUGAUGUGCUUUGUUAUGGGUAUCAUAUCAGUAAUCACAAUACCAGCAGAGUUCUUAUUAUUUGGAAUAGCCGGAGGCAAGCUUAUAGAGCGCAUCCGAGCUUUGUCAUUUCGAAGCAUUGUUCACCAAGAAGUUGCUUGGUUUGAUGAUCCUAGAAAUUCCAGCGGAGCACUUGGUGCAAGACUAUCAAUUGAUGCUUUGAACGUUCGGCGUUUAGUGGGCGAUAACUUGUCAUUAAUUAUUCAACUUAGCUCAACGCUUGUCACAGGAGUUCUCAUUGCUAUGAUAGCAGACUGGAAGCUCGCUUUGAUCACCAUGUGUGUGAUUCCACUUGUGGGUCUUGAAAGUUAUGCCCACGUGAAGUUCCUGAAUGGUUUUAGUCAAGAUGCUAAGAUGAUGUAUGAAGAUGCAAGUCAAGUGGCCACGGAUGCAGUUAGUAGUAUAAGGACAAUAGCUUCCUUUUGUUCUGAGAAAAGAAUUACAAGAAUAUAUGAUCAUAAAUGUGAAGCCUCGGUGAAUCAAGGAGUCAAAACAGGAAUAGUUGCGGGUAUCGGAUUUGGUUUCUCAUACUUGACAUUGUACUUCACAUACGGCCUUUGUUUCUAUGUCGGGGGGCAAUUCGUGCAACAAGGAAAAUCAAAUUUUGGUGAAGUUUUUAAGGUUUUCUUUGCACUGGUCUUAGCAACUAUGGGAGUAUCUGAAACAAGUGCAAUGGCCUCCAAUUCAAAAAAAGCAAAGGAUUCAGCUAUCUCUAUAUUUACUUUGCUAGACCGAAUAUCUGAAAUUGAUUCAAGCAGCAAUCAGGGUUUGACAUUAGAUGAGGUCAAGGGCAACAUUGAUUUCCAACAUGUUAGCUUCAAGUACCCAACUCGCCUAGAUAUUCAAAUCUUCCAUGACUUUACCCUGCACAUACCCUCUGGAAAGACUGUUGCGCUUGUUGGAGAGAGUGGUAGCGGCAAGUCAACAGUAAUCACACUAUUGGAGAGAUUCUACAAUCCCGAUUCAGGUACCAUUCAAUUGGAUGGAGUGGAAAUCAAGAGCUUAAACAUCAAUUGGUUUAGAGACCAAAUUGGACUGGUGAGCCAAGAGCCUGUACUCUUCAAUGACACAAUACGUGCCAACAUAGCCUAUGGUAAGGACGGGGACGUCACCGAAGAGGAGGUCAUUGCAGCUGCGAAAAUAUCCAAUGCACAUGAGUUCAUAUCAAGCCUUCCUCAAGGAUACGGCACCUCCGUUGGGGAGAGAGGGACACAACUAUCCGGUGGCCAGAAGCAGCGGGUGGCUAUUGCGAGGGCGAUACUCAAAGAUCCUAAGAUACUACUACUCGACGAAGCAACUAGCGCCUUGGAUGCAGAAUCUGAGCGAAUUGUGCAAAAUGCCUUAGAUCAUGUGAUGGUUGGCAGGACCACGAUUGUCGUGGCACACCGCCUAUCUACUAUUAAAGGCGUCGAUAUCAUUGCAGUUCUCAAAGAUGGUGCAAUAGUGGAGAAAGGAAGUCAUGAGUCCUUGGUAAACAUCAAAGAUGGAUUAUAUGCUUCACUAGUUGAACUCCGUUCAUCAUCACCGUAAUUCCUAGGAUUAGUAUCGGUUCCUAUUUGCAUACAUGGGUUACAUGUUGGUUGACCCCCUUUUUGAUUGUUGACUUGGAAAUGCGAUACAUUAAUUGUUUGGAACUU